AUGCACAAUUUCAAGUUGCUUGUCCUCCUGCCCUCUGCUGUUUUCCUUGCCGCUCAAGCCCAGUCUAUCAACAACGGUAGCGCCGAGGGCUCUGGUACGAUUGAAGGAUUGACUUGGCAAGCCGCGGGUCAUGUAUUACCAUGGCCAGGUGUUCUCUCAAAAGGCUGCACCCAAGGCACCAUUGUCGAUUGUUAUUCUAUGUUUUUCUCUUUUGAUCCAACGGUCAACCUCGACCCCGGUUUCCCUUCGUCUCCCCGCCAACGCGAUGAAUUUCACUUCCCCACGCUUGCCCUCGGCGCAUCGUUCUCGUAUGCAUGGAAGCAAUACCUCUAUGCAUCCACCGGCACCUCAACACAUUUUUUUCAUCUCAUGCAGCUAUUUGAUGAUACAGCCGGCUCGCCAGUGAUCACUCUUGAUGCGGUCAAUGAUAUGGUGUCCAUUCAUGAUUAUGUUCGUGGAGAUGGGGAAUCAUCCUGCGGAUCUGCAGCAUGCCCGACGACGGCUAUUGCCAAUUAUCAUGGAACUACAGUCACCCACACUAUAUCUGGAAAGACUGGUGCAUCAGGCAAGGUCUCCUACAAGGUCACCCGAGAUGACAAUGGCCUUCAAGUAAUUAAUUAUUCAGCAACUGGUGCAAUGGGAACUGGGAAAGGAUACGUUAAGUUUGGGGCAUAUCGUGCUGCUUUCAGCGGUAUGACAACCAUGAAUGCUGUUGUUGGUGAUUGGACCUCCACAUAA